UGCAUUCAAAGUGCGUCUACACUGAAUUGCGCAGAAGUCGGUACCUCACCGGUCUACUAUUGGGGCUGUAGAAGAGAAGGAAAACGGGAUUUACAGUCAGAAUGCUGAAUCAAACGCUGGGACUUCUCUUCCUCCUGUGGAUCACUUUCCAGCCAGGGCAAUCCAGAGGCUGUUCGUCUUUUUUCUGCCGCAAAUCACUCCGGGUGAGCGGACGGAAAGGUCCGGAUCCGGGGAAGCCCCUCUUUCUCACACCCUACCUGGAGGGUGGCAAAAUCGACGAAGCCAGGAAACUCAGUAUGGUGGGGCCCCUACCUGGAGUCAACGUGAAGAGCUACUCCGGUUACCUCACUGUGAACAAAACCUAUAAUAGCAACCUAUUUUUCUGGUUCUUUCCAGCACAGGAGAGGCCUGAGACUGCACCAGUGCUGCUGUGGCUUCAGGGGGGGCCAGGGGGCACCUCUAUGUUUGGACUGUUUGUGGAACAUGGGCCAUAUGUGGUGUUUAAGAACCUGACAGUGGGGUUCAGGAGUUACCCCUGGACAUCCAGGUACUCGGUUCUUUACAUUGACAACCCGGUGGGUACAGGAUUCAGCUUUACAGAUGAUGAUCGAGGCUUUGCGCGUGACCAGGAUGAUGUGGGCCGCGAUCUGUACAGUGCACUGACUCAGUUCUUCCAGAUCUUCAGUGAGUUCCAGCACAACGACUUCUAUGCCACCGGAGAGUCGUACGCAGGGAAGUAUGUUCCUGCAGUUGGCUUUUACAUCCACAAGAACAACCCCUCUGCCAAGGUGAAGAUCAACUUCAAAGGCGUAGCCAUUGGUGACGGGCUGUGUGACCCAGAAAUGAUGUUGGGGGGAUAUGCAGACUUCCUGUACCAGACAGGCAUGGUGGAUGAGCUACAGAAGCAGUACGUCCAGGUGCAGACAGAUGGCGCAAUACAGCUCAUCCAGCAGCAGAAGUGGGUAGAGGCAUUUGAGGUUUUUGACAGUUUGUUGAAUGGUGAUGUGAGUCCAUAUCCCUCAUUCUUCCAGAAUGUCACUGGCUGCACAAACUAUUUCAACUUCCUGCAGUGUCAGGAGCCUGAGGAUCAGGAGUACUUUGCCAAGUUCGUGAACCUCCCCUCUGUGAGGAGCUCCAUCCAUGUGGGAAACCUCACCUUCAAUGAUGGGUCUAAGGUGGAGAAACAUCUCCUGCAGGACGUCAUGAAGACCAUCAAGCCCUGGCUGGCUGUCCUCAUGGACAACUACAGGGUCCUGAUAUACAGCGGACAGCUGGACGUGAUCGUGGCAGCACCUCUCACCGAACGCUUCCUGCCCACUGUGCCCUGGUCCGGAGCCGAUGAGUACAAACAGGCCGAGCGCUUCUACUGGAAGAUCCAGCCCAAUGACAAAGAAGUUGCAGGAUAUGUCCGUCAAGUGAAGGAGUUCUUCCAGGUGGUUGUGCGAGGAGGAGGGCACAUUCUGCCAUACGACCAGCCGGAGAGAUCCUUUGAUAUGAUGGAUAGAUUUCUUUCUACAAAGGGAUGGCAACGCACUCAAAAAGGACUUUAAGACAAAUGAAUGUUUAGAGUAAUGAAAUUCUGAAAGAAUCAUCACCACUUCCUGCCGGCGUUCCUGAAAGUGUGGUCUUCUGUCUGCUGACAGAGGAGGAUUCUGGGCUUCUCUGUUCUUCUGCAGCAUCUGGAUAUAUUUUUAAAUGACAGAUUUGCUUUAUGGUGAUUUGAUAGAAAUAAAUUGUGUACAAAACUACUGAAAACUAGACUUUUUUUUGGAAGUGUUUGUUUCAGAAUGGAAAAAGGAACCUUUUUGAUUGCUUCUCACAGCUUUUGCUUUUGCUCUCGCUAAUGGUGAAGGUAUAGCACCAGCAUUCUGUGAAGUGGAAUACUGGAAUAUUCGCUGUGUGUAAUGUAGUGGGAAGAUUCAUAUGGAAAAAGGAAGCAGGUGGAGAGAAAAGCAGAGGAAGAUAAGGAAGAAAUUUAAAAAUUGUCCAAAUUUGGCCAUUUACGGUAUGAUUGUAUGAAGUUGUAUCUGAAUUUUGUGUCUUCAAAUGAGGUUAGAUGGUAAAGAAUUAAAUGAGUCAGUGAGUGGUUAUUGUGUGAUACACUAUAAAAGGCAUUCGUAGUGAUGCUGUGUACAGUAGAUAUGGCUAUGCCUUGCCCACCCAUAAGUUGAUAGAUUGCAUUCCUGCUUUCCCAGUAGGCUCAAUGUUGAGCAUAGGUGGGCUGAAAGAUCUACUCUCAUCAUUAUGUUGUACAUUUUGAUCUGAUAUGCCUUUUCAUGGCAGACAUAACAUAAAA